AUGCUAAACGUCAAUGCGAAAGCGUUCGUUCCGCCGGGGGUGAUUGAAGGGGCACCUCCGAGCUUCCAUGCAAUUGGGUGGUACCGAUACCGACUGAGCGUUCCGGUGGAGAGAAAAAUGAGCGUGCUUCAAGAGGAUCGGUACUUGAACAGUAUUUCGUCACUCUUGUCACUUAAGUACCUCUACGCCGAACGUGGUGGAUUGGAUGACGACUCACUACAGUACUUUCUUAACGGGCAGUUUAUGAUGUCGAACAAUAUCCCGUCAAGGGGUGACGAAGAGCAUGCUUCAUCAGGGUUUUUGCUUUCACGGUCUAUCUUGACGCUAUACACGGAACUCACCGCUGUCGCAUAUUUAAAUGAUUCUCGGGGUCUUCUCGUGCACCUAGAUUUGCCAACGGAAUUCAACGGCGACGUCGCCAUUUUUCUAGCAAACGCCUGGGAAGCAUUUUUUGCGGCCGUUUCGGAAAAUGCUAGCGUGUCAGCAAUCGGCUACAGUCGAUCGGUGGUUGGGAUGGGCGGAAGUCAGACGAACGGGACAUACCGACACUAUUUUUUUGCAGCAUGCACUUCACCUGAAUCGCUAGAGGUGGUGGUUGGAGGCAUUAUGUCUGAGUCUCCUGUUUCCGUUGCGCGCAUUGUGCACAUGAAAUCGGUGGUACCGUACCUCUGCAGUCCCCAUUUGCAGCUAGGGGUCAUGAUCACUGUCGGUGAGGAGGCAAAGCUUAGUGCAAUAAAGGAUCGGCGGGCCGAUUUUUCACUGGAAAUGAGGUAUCGGGCAGACGAUUUUGUUGAGGCGUGGAGGGCGCUGGGCGACGUCGAGACACAACUCUUGGAGAUACUCAACGGAGAUGUAAAGUGGGACCGAAUUCACGUUUUGCACCUGCACGUUGACCCGGCAGCGAGCGAGAACCCAGUUACCAUUCCGAUUUGGGACAUAAUUUGGUAUAUUGGACUUUUGUGCGAUGAUUGUAGCGCCAGCGUCAUUGGAGUUUCAUUUUCCACCACCUCUCUCAAUGCGGCGACGAGAGAGUUGUUGAAUCGCAACAAAAGCGCACCGUUUUAUGUGUGUAGCAAUCUUGACGCAAUGCUGGCCGCAGAUUUGUCACUUGACACGAACCACACAUAUUACGGGGGCGUUCCUUCGCAUGUGAAGAAGGUUCUGCCGUGCUGGACUUGGGCAUCGGCCGCUAGCGCAAUGGAACUAUGGCAACGUGCUCAAAAGCAUCUUUCCCCAGUUGAGAUGCUGACGCGCAUGUCAUUUGCGGACGCUGCAGACAGUUUUGCGCGAGGCACGUACACGGUUCAGCGAAAAGCUGUGGGAACGCCUGUUGUUGUUGGAACGGAUGCAAAGGGCAACAUUUUUGGGUUUGACGUUGCCCAUCACAGCGUCUGUGGUCUUCCCCUCUGUUUUGGUGGUGCCGUAGAUCCCGUGAUCAAUUGUGUGUUCAAGGGCACAGUUUCCCCAUCGUAUCGAAGCAGCCUGGAUUAUCGCAUCAUCAUAGACGACGUUUUGCUUUUCAAAGGCAAGGAGACCAAAGGGAUCCCGUUUGCUGAGCGUAUGGGCAUGCUGAACAGUGUUGGAAUUGAGGACGAAAGCACAUGGCCGCACGCCCAUCCUGCGCACAUUGUUAUCCUUAAAGCAGAAUGCCUUCCGUUAGAUUCCUCCAAGAAACUCAUCGAUACUCCGGUUUUCGAUCACAGUAAUAUGGGCCUCGUCUUUACUCCAUCGAUACAACCGGAUGACGAUUCGGUAUUUCCCACGUUCGUCUGGCUCCCUCCAGCGUCCCUGACUGUGCGUUUUUCGGUCGAAAAAGUUGUGGUAGCAAACGACAUGAACGAAGGUUUUGACCGCGCUUACCUUGGGGUUUCUUCCAACAGCGUCCACAACAGGAUAAUCAUUCCCUACGAAGGUGAGUUCGCAGAUUAUCAGAGGGAGGCGUACCCCACACUGGGUGUGGGGUCAAUUGUAGAAUGUCUGCUUCGCCGUGCCGACGAUGGUGCUCACUGGUGGGAUGUUUUGCAGGACUUCGACACCGCCGAAAACUGUGAGGCAGACUCAUUUGAUCACGUUGAUGAGCUUGUUCAUAGCCCUGGCGUGACGCAGGAGGAAAUGCUGUGGCUUUUGAAGGCGCCUUCUUAUCAGUGCGAGCGGUGUCACAAGGUGAACGAUGUGGGGAGGCGGAAUAGUAGGCACAAUGCGUACUGGUGCAAGAACUGCUGGAUCGAAACGGGUCACGGCGAUUGCAUGUACUGCGGGCGUGCUUUUGCGCUGGGCAUGCUGGACGGCACCAGCAAUCUUUUCUAUUGUGAAGAGUGCUGGAGGGCGUUUUCGGCCUUCAACACAGACGCUGAAAUUGGCUACCACGUGCCACCGCCGCCGAACGCGACUUUCACACAGCAGGUGACCACCCGAUGUGUCUCUCUCUUGAUCGAUCUGAUGAAUCCGAAGACGCCGUCGAACGAUGUUUUGGAUUUGUGCUGUGGCGGGUCUGUUGUGCGAAAGUGGAUGCGCAACAAGACCUUGCGCUAUGUGGGCAUCGAUCUGAAGCGCAGCGUGGUUGAUGCGACGACGAGCGUCAUUUCCAGCUCGAAGGAAAUGCCACCUGAGGCACGCUACGACGUCAUCUGCGGCGAUGUAUUUUCCGACGAUUUUUGGAUGAGCACCAUUGUGAAAAUCCACCCCCGACAGUUUCAUGUCAUCAACUGCUUCGCUGGGCUUCACCACGCGUUUGGCAGCGAGGAGAAGGCGCGGCAUUUUUUGGGCAGCAUCGCAAACGCCCUGGUUCCUGGUGGUACCUUCCUCGGUAUGUUUAUCGAUGCUAGCGUUCUUUUUGCCAAGGGGAAGAAGUACGCAAACAGCAUUAUGAAGGCGGGAUGGUCCGUCGACUCUGUUCCGCGUAUCGGUCACACAUUCCAGUUCACCACCAACAACGGACCAAUGCGUGACGUGAACGUCAUUCCCAUUGAUUUCUUGAUAGCGGUGGCCUCGGAGUAUGGGCUUCACGCAGUGUCCGAGGCUUACUUGACGUUUCGCGAGCUAAUUGAGAAGGACCCCAGCUGGACCAAGGUUCCUUCCGCGGAUGAGAAGGAGUACCUGUGCGCGCGGCGAACGUUUGCAUUCAAGAAAGAGAGCAACGAGCUGGCACCGUUCUCGCCUCCACGCAAAUCAGAUACUGCUUGA